AUGACACUAUUCAACAAUCGACUUGGUCAACAACAGACUCAGAGUGUCAAGACGAGCAUAUUCAAAGAUAGAGCAUCAUUUAUGUUUGAGUUCAAUCAACUGUUGGGCGAUGAUGUGGCACGAUCAUUGGAAUGGGACCAUUGCGUUGUAUCUGGCUUUACAGUGUUCCGUGCACUAUCUGCGCAAGGGGACGGCAGGAAGACACCUGCUGUCAUCCCCAUCACAAUAUCAUUCUGUCAAUUGGACUCUUCUGGUAUCUUGUCACGCAUCAAACAGUUCUACAAUCGACUAAGCUCAACAUGUAGCCUGACCAUCAACACAACACAGACAUCUGUUCGUCUGCGGAGUGCACGCUGCAGCGACGGCCGACCCGAACUGGACAUCAACUUCUCCAUCGUAUCCUAUGAUUCACUUUAUGAUAUGUUCUUGGAUCGCCAUGAUAUGGACAUUGAGCAGUUUGCCUUUGAUGGUCAGCGAGUGUGGACUACACAUCGCGGCAUGCUGGCGGCACAGCAUCAUUGCAACUUUGCAUCGAAACAAUCAUACGUGCUCUGUGGCGAGGACUACUAUCAUCUUCAUCUACUGGAAUGCUUAGAUCGCGAUGGCGUUGGCCUGGUCUAUGCGCCUGGCGACGACAAGCACGGCAAACAACUGGUCAAGCACAUUGAGAGCGAUCAAUUCUAUCCAUCGCUGCACCAAACUGGCGUACUGAAGCUGGUCAGUCUCCGAGAGAAUCCUGAAUUGUACAGGAGCUAUAUUGAUUCGAUCGAAGUCGAUCUGCCCAUCCCAAUCGAGGAGGUCGAUCAAAGUGACGAGGAGGAUGGUGUGAUUGAAAGAAGGAACAUCGACCAAAUCGACAGACUUCUCGAUCGAGUCGAUGUGUACAUCGCACAUUAUACCCAACUGACCAGAGCAGUUCAGAGUAUCAAGUGGGAGAGAAUCAACCAACAUCAUAAAUGUGCCAUGUGA